AUGAGGUUCACAACUCUCUCCGUAGCGCUCGCCACCUCUUCUCUAUCCAUCGCCGCUCCGGCUCCAGCUGCAAACUACGACCAUGGCAACGACCACGCCCGCAAACCAGAAGGCCUAAACGCCCUCGCCCGAAAAGCCGGACUCCUCUACUUUGGCACCGCAAUCGACAACCCCUCUCUUAAUAACACCAAAUACCUCUCCAUCGCCUACAAUACCUCUGAAUUCGGCCAAGUAACCCCGGCUAACGGCCAGAAAUGGAUGUACAUCGAGCCCUCCCGUAACGUCUUCAACUACGCAAUGGGCGACGCCAUCAUCAAGCCAGCGAUUCAGAACCACCAGAUGCGGCGCUGCCAUAAUCUACUCUGGCACUCGCAACUCCCAGACUGGCUCACAAGCAAAAACUACACCAAAAGUGAGCUCAUCGGAAUAUUGGAAAACCAUAUUAAACAUGAAGCCAAUUACUACAAAAACGAGUGCUAUGCCUGGGAUGUUGUGAACGAGGCUUUCAACGACGACGGGACUUACCGCAACGAUCUAUGGCUCUGGACGAUUGGGCCAGAGUACCUAGAACUGGCAUUCAAGUUCGCGAAGAAGUAUGUUGGCCGAGGGACCAAGUUGUAUUACAACGACUAUAAUGUGGAGAGAGUGAACAACAAGUCUAUGGCUAUCGCAUCCAUGGUCAAAUCAUUCCAAGCCAAGGACAUCCCCAUCGACGGCCUCGGCUUCCAGGCCCACUUCACAACCGGCAAGGCACCGUCGUAUGACGAGGUUAAAGCAUCCAUGAAGCAGUUCACAGACCUAGGCCUAGAAGUCGCAAUCACGGAACUCGAUGUGCGCACCACAUUGCCAGAUUCCGAUGAGAAGCAGGCCCAACAAGCGAAGGAUUAUGCGGCCACGGUCAAGGCGUGUAAGGAUACAGAGGAUUGUGUUGGGGUUACUGUUUGGGAUUUCUGGGACCCCUUGUCCUGGGUUCCGGAUGUGUUUUCGGGACAGGGUGUGCCGUGUUUGUGGAGCGCAAACUAUACGAAGAAACCGGCUUACUAUGCUGUGGCGGAGGUUUUGAGGGAUUAGAUUGGAGGUUCG